AUGAAUCCGCAAUCAUCGAGGGUACGAAGCCCAGCAGACGUCGGUGGACCGUCCACAUCUCCGCCGCCACUGCCAGAAGGAUGGCUCGCACAAUGGGAGGGAACUCUUCGAAAAUGGUACUUCGUGCAGCCUGCUACAGGAAAGUCACAAUGGGAAGUUCCCACUGAGCCUUUUAUUCCCACGCCGUCUUCUACCCCUCACUCUAUUGCAAGUCCCGGUCCAUACCAUGCCCCACGCGCGGCAAGCCUGGCGCCCUCCGAGACUGAAGCGGCUUCAAGAGAGUUUCAAGAACUGAGAAGCGGAAAAUGGCCGGGUAGCGGCAGCUUCUCUUCUAACACGUCCGGUACUUUUCUUUGCCCGCAGAAUACCCCCAACCAAUACACGUGUCCUCCAUCGUAUAGUCAGGUCCAAGGUACAUCAAAUCAAGUCCAAGAUGUCACCAUGGGACAAGAGACAUCGCAACUGCAAAAUGAAAACACAGGUGCAGGCACAUCUUUUACACCCCAGCAGAGUCAAGCCCCAGCUUAUGCCACCCCGGAUCAUGGCCAGAUACCCCAAGGAGCGCCCAUUCCAUCUAGUAUGCCUGGUACAGCCCCAAUAGCCCAAUCCCACGGAGAAAGCCAGCCUGCAAUGGUCCAGCCAAUAAGUAGUGCCCCAAUGGAGCCCGGUGCCCAGUACCAAUACUUUCCUGGACAGACACCCCCAGCGCAGCAAGGGAUGAUUCCUUAUCCCACCCAGCCGCAUCAGCAGCCGGAUCCAUAUUACCAGAAAGGCCCUAUUCCUGUUCCACCAGGCCAGCCAGGCCUAUCAAGUGCCGGCAGGAGGUGGAUAUACCCAGAAUACGGCACCCAACCAGGGAGGAUAUUCCCAGUAUGA